UGGGGGGGGAAUCUCUGGGGGGCGUAGGCGAUGAGGGGGUGGUGCUGGAGCUCCCGCAGCCUCUGGGGUCCUGUUCCCUGCUAACAGCCGCGUUGAUGGCUCCUGUAACUCAGUUUGGUUUUCAAGCCCACCUCUUACAGCAUCCUGAAACCCGCCUACCCUGUUCCCCAGGGCCCGCUUCCGGCCGUGACUUUCUGAGGUCUGAACCCAUUUACCGCCCCGUCCGCCCUUGCCGGAUCAGGUGCAGGCCGGGCGAGUUCUUGCCCUGCUGUCGCGCUUCCCCUUUCCACUCUCCACCCGACCAUGGCCCAGAAGCCGAAGGUGGAGCCCCACGUCGGAAGGCUCGCGUACCUGCAGGCGCUGGUGACAGAAUUCCAGGAGACUGAGAGCCAAGACGCCAAGGAGCAAGUCCUCGCCAACCUUGCCAACUUCGCCUAUGACCCCAGCAACUAUGAAUAUCUGCGGCAACUGCAAGUCCUGGAUUUAUUCCUCGAUACCCUGUCAGAAGAGAAUGAGAGCCUGGUGGAAUUCGCUAUUGGUUUAUCCUUCUUUAUGGCUGAGUAUACAAGAACCGCAUCUUCUUUAUUCAUUCAUCAGUUGAUGAACACUGUGUAGCCUUCCUCUUUGAACACCUACACUCAGAAGGACUGCAUGAGUACAGAGAUAACUCACUUUUGCUUUGAGGGCAAGCGAGAGCUUCCCACAUGCUCAGCACAUGCACUGCUACUGAGCCUCACCCCAGCCAGAGGCUUAGCCCCAUAAAUGACUGCCCAGCAUAAAGGGCACUGGUGGAAGAGACUUUGCAGAAGAGCCCACUUCCCCCUUAGCCUCCAGGACUUUUAAAUGAUCUAUCACAGGGAGGGCUUAAGAGUGGCAAAGAAAAGAGCCAGAGGGAGAAGACUCAAAAAGGUGACACAGGGUCACGUUUAGCUCAGCUGCACAAGCGCCUGCCUGGCAAGUACCAGGUUAUAAGUUCGAUCCCUCAGGAACAAAAGAAGACGACGACGACACAGGACACAGCAUUUCAAAGUGUGGAUAUUGUUUACUGUGAAGUACAACACACAUUUUAAGAAUGAGAUUUGUUUCAUGGUCAAGCACCAGCAUCAUGCACACAGCAUCGAAUUACUGAGCAGUAAGAACAGCCUCCCUGCAGGUCUGCCCUGGACAAAGCCCCCCUGUGGGGCCGCGGCUCACCCGGAUCCCAGGCCUCCUCUGGCAGCAUGCGGCAGCAGGCUCUCUCCGGCAGGAGGCUCUCUCCGGCAGGAGGCUCUCUCCGCUCAUCAGCCAGCUACUUUGGUUACUUUGCUCUGCAGGUAGAGAGGCCUGGCCCCUCUCCAUUCCGGGUGGCACAGGGGGAACACGGAUGGGGCCGGAUGACUGCCAGAAAGAAGCCUGCAAAGAGAGCCGGGCGCGGGGCCGCUGGGCUGCAGGGACAGGGGAGGAUAUGGCCCCAGCGCCGAUCACCCCGGAGAGGAGAGACUUCAGAACGAGGGAGCCUCUGACAUCGGGAUCCAAUCAUCAAAACACGGUACUAAGUGUCCCAAGCCUUCCCUUCAAUCUACUGCUAAAAAAACACUCAUGCCAUGGCCCACAGACCCAAGAGUCAGACAGAGAGCAAGACCUGUUCUUCCCAAAGAAAAGAAAGCAGGGGGAAAAAAUGACAGCAGUACAUAAAGUGCUUCUUUUUUAAUGAAUCAAAUCCAAAAGAUGUACAGUCAGGCUCAAGUUGUGCAGUUCACAAGCAUGGAGAGAAAACAAACAAACAAAAUGACAGAGUUCAGGACAGGGAGUUAACCCAAGACCAGGCUGGACUUGCCGCCGGGGGGGUUUCUCCGAGACGGCGCAGGGGCCACCGGGCUGGGCACAGGCGCGGCGGGCACGGGCUUCUCUUCGCUCGGCCCCAGGCUGGCUUGCAAGUCUGUAUCCACAUUUUCUAGGAAAAUAAAUAACAAAACAAGUAAUAACCUCUCCCAAUUAAAACCAAAAGGGUGAGUUAUUUGUUUGAGGAUGGCUACAAACGUACCUAAAAUCAUAAAGAAAUCAUGUUUCAGCAACUCCGAUUUGAACACUGUUGCUGUUUGGUAUAUUUUUUCUAAGUAGGCUCCUUUAAAAUUAUACUGGGGAGGCUGAGGCAGGAGGAUUGUCGCAGAUUUGAGACCAGCCUGGACUACAAAGUGAACUCAAGGCCAGCCUGCACUGCAAAGCCUCAAAAAUACAAAUACAAAUAAAAAUUAAUUAAAAUUACACAAA